CGGAGCUUUGCUCGCGCAGCCAAUAAAGUCGGCUGGCGCGGAAUCUUUUCAUAUUAACAUUAAUUACAAUUUCUCUGCAAUAAUUGGAUAUUUGGAAGAUUCUACAUUAUUGACAAGUUGUAGAGGAUCCGAACCAAACACAUACAGCCAGCUAAGGUUUACUGUUUUGAGAAGAACGAUGAGCAGAGAAGAUGUCACGCUGUUCUGCGUGAUGAUCGCACUUGCGACAGGCUCCAGAGUUUGUGCUGAUGAUGCGCCCCCUCACAUUGUCCACCACCCCUCUGAUCUGGUGGUGAAAUUUGGAAAACCUGCCACAUUCUCCUGCCGGGCAGAUGGCAACCCGAAACCGACCAUCGAGUGGCUGCACAAUGGCCGGCCACUGGAGAUUUCAGCGGGAGAUGGCCAACUCCAGCCCAUGUUUUUGUCAGAUGAUAGGCUCUUCUUCCUGAGUGUGGGUGUGGGUAAACGCGGCCAAUCACAUGAGGGCAUCUACACCUGUGUAGCCAGGAACAGCGCGGGAACAGCCGUCAGUCACAAUGCAUCGCUACACGUUGCAACACUGCAAGAUGCGUUCACUGUGCAGCCAAAUGAUGUCGAGGUGGCCGAGGGAGAAGUGGCUGUCUUAAACUGUGGCCCACCUGUCGGUCACCCUGAACCUAACAUAAUUUGGAGGAAAGAUGGCCUGCCAAUCAAUAACACAGAUUUCCACUACACGGAGUUGAACGGGAAGCUUAUCAUCGAUCCUGCGGAGAAGAACCACUCUGGUGCCUAUGUGUGUGUGGCCAGCAACACUAUGGGAGUGCGAGAGAGCAGGGCAGCACGUCUGUCUGUGCUUGCAAAACCUGUUUUGGUGCUGAAGCCGGAAAACGUGUCGGUGAGAAUGGGGGAGUCUGCCCAGUUCUACUGCCAAGCAAAAGGUGACCCUCCACCUGCUGUGGUCUGGAGCAGAGAGCAGGGGCCACUGCCCAAUGGCAGGUAUCUUGUGAACCCAGACCAGACACUCCAGAUGCAUUAUCUGACGAUUGAAGAUGCUGGCAAAUACACCUGCACCGCAGUCAAUGAUGUAGGUGUGGUCACUGCGACCGCACACUUACUCGUUGAAGCUUCCAGUACAAAACAGAAAGACCUCCACAAAGAAUUGUCUGCCCUGCGUGCUACUCUGGAAAACGUCAGCAUCAUGCACCCAGGGUCUAAUAUGUCGCAAGUAGAGUGGACGCUCCAGUCCGUCCUCACUCAACCUCAUUACCUCGAUGGCUUUGAGGUUCUCUAUCGUUCCCUGUUACCUGCCAGCUCAGACUGGGUCGCAAAAAAAGCAACAAUGCCGAGCUUUCAAACACAGGUUGGCCCCUUAAAAAGAGGCUACAAGUAUGAGUUUAAGGUUCGUCCAUAUGGCAGCAGCUUGUAUGGACGGGAGAGUAACACCCGUCUCCUCACAGUCCCAGAGACAGUGCCCAGUGCUGCUCCACUGGCCGUUUCAAUAACUGUCAGCCAUAAUCACAAUAACUCCAUCCACCUAAACUGGGAGCCUCCUCCUUUGGAAUCUCUCAAUGGGAUCAUACAAGGUUACCAGGUGUGGUGCGUGGAGUCGGAUGAGCAACUGUACCAAAACUGGACAGUUGAUAGCAGCCGGCAUAGUCUUGAUGUUUAUUUCCUGCAACCAGGGAAACGCUACUGGAUUAGUAUUGCCGCAGUCAAUGGUGCUGGAGUAGGAAUCCUCAGUGACCCUCAUGGAGUCGUCAUAAACCCACAGAUUGGUUUUACCUCUGAGACGGACAGCCACAGACUGGAUCAGUCUACCUUUUUGGCCUUGCUUCAGGACCCGAUAUUGAUUGGCAGCAUCGGUGCCCUCUUGUGGUUCAUUUUAAUGGUUGCAGCUGUCUGUCUUCUAAAACGCCACAGCAAGAUGUGUCACCUCAUACCAGGACGUGACAGGGCUAAAAGUUUGCAUAGAUUAGCCACUGAAGAUCUCUUCAUAAAUCACAGGAUAACAGUUCCAGACUCUCCUUGGAUUUCUGGGAGUUGGAGACCAGCGUUCAACCAGAAGUACCAAGACUUGUGGGUUCAGGGUCACAAACACUCAGGGAUUAGCAGCACAAGUUUUCCAGUGCCGACCAAGAAGGACCCUGGCUGUUUGAACCCAGAUUUUCCAGUUGUGACUGACAGCUGCAGUGUCUAUGGCACCUUUUAUGUUGAUCUGAUGGGAAACGGGCUAAAGACCUUCAACAGUCCCAGACAAUGCCCUAAAAUGCCUCACGGUCAGCCACAACAGCAAGGAGCUGAGACCAUUCAGAUAUUCACUCAGUCUGCCCCCAAAACCUCACCCCACACUUGUCGGGAUGCAUUACCAUGGAAACAGUCCAUUCGACCUCAGCCCAAGAUGGGUGUGCUCAGGGAAAAGAGCCAUACAAAGCAAGAGUUGCACGCAGUCAGCAGUGUCCCAAUCGUAGCAACCCGGUACCAGGCUGGUCCACCUCGUGUCUGCAAACAGAGAUUCAGUCACAUCCCAUCAGGGUAUACUCAAGGUUCUGGCUCUCCUCGGCUGCUGCAUUACUCUACAUCCCUACACCUAUUGGACAUGUGGCCACCACCAGGGCUAUUGCACUUGGAGGAAACUCCUGACACUCACAGUGUGACCUCAGAUGAAGGAUCCAGUCGCUCAACAAAGAUGACAGAGGACUUGGGCUCUCUCCUGUCAGUGUGUGGUACAUCAAGCUGCCAUGCACAGCAAGGGGCCACUGCCUCCAACAACAGCUGUCUCUCCUACAGCCACCUGUCUACUGCAUCCCACAUUGCAUCUCUGGAGGAAAAAAAGGACGGCACACUGACAGCACCGGAAGCCACUCAGUAUCUGGAGUUCCAACAUGAACCAGAUAAAUCUAGUGACCUCCAGCCUUUUGCCACCAGCCGAAGCUACAACUCUGAGAUAGUUCCGUCUGCCCAGAUGGACUGUUACACUUCCUAUAAAGUCCCGCCCUUUGGGUUGCACUGUUCCCGCCUUCAGAGCUCACCUUCCUCUUGUUACAGCGAAUGGGACAGCUCCCUGUGGAACACCUGGAGCUCGGUCACAGACGGAAACUUUGCGAGCGCCCGUACCAGUCUUAUCAGCUCAGUGGACAGUUGCUAUACUAAUGACAGCAGUAACUUCAGCCACUUUGUAACGGCAGAGUCUGUUAGUGGAGCCUCUUUGUCAGACUUCUCACCGCCCGCCUCCCCUCUCAGUGGCUUGUAUCCGUCAGUCUGUGCCGAGGGAAACUUACUCAGGGAUCUGGAGACUAUUCCUGCAUGGGACUGGAGUAGGAACUGGAUGGAGGAAAUGGAGGCUCAAUACAAUGCUCACUAUCCUGGCAGGAAUACAAAACCUUUCAACGCAGAGGGAACUCUUACAGGUUUGUCAACGCCAAGUUUUCAUACACCAAUUGGAAAUGUGAAAGGUUUCCAAGAAUAGAUCAAAGUGCAAUGAUUCACUGAAAACUAACUUGCUGAUGUCUUAAACAUGCAGUAUUAACUUUGGAUUCAUGUCUGCUUUUCUGUAAGAGUUUCUUUCGGUUACCAUAAGUCCAAUCAUUUUACAGUAUAUGGCGUCUUUGAAAUUACUUCUUGUUUUUCUAUAGACUCAUUCGAGAUAUACAGUGGGUAUGGAAAGUAUUCAGACCCCCUUAAAUUUGUUACUCUUUGUUAAAUUGCAGCAAUGUGCUAAAAUCGUUUAAGUUCAUUUUUUUCCUCAUUAAUGUACACACAGCACCCCAUAUUGACGGGAAAACACAGAAUUGUAGACAUUUUUACAGAUUUAUUAAAAAAGAAAAACUGAAAUAUCACAUGGACAUAAGUAUUCAGACCCUUUGCUCAGUAUUGAGUGGAAGCACCCUUUUGAGCUAAUACAGCCGUGAGUCUUCUUGGGAAUGAUGCAACUAGUUUUUCACACCUGGAUUUGGGGAUCCUCUGCCAUUCCUCCUUGCAGAUCGUCUCCAGUUCUGUUAGGUUGGAUGGUGAACGUUGGUGGACAGCCAUUUUGAGGUCUCUCCAGAGAUGCUCAAUUGGGUUCAAGUCAGGGCUCUGGCUGGGCCAUUCAAGAACAGUCACAGAGUUGUUUCGAAGCCACUCCGUCAUUUUAGGUGUGUGCUUAGGGUCAUUGUCUUGUUGGAAGGUGAACCGUCGGCCCAGUCUGAGGUCCAUAACACUCUGGAAAAGGUUUUCGUCCAGGAUAUCUCUGUACUUGGCCGCAUUCAUCUUUCCUUCAAUUGCAACCAGUCGACCUGUCCCUGCAGCUGCAAAACAACCCCACAGCAUGAUGCUCCCACCACCACACUUGACUGGAGGGAUGGUGUUGGGCAGGUGAUGAGCGGUGCCUGGUUUUCUCCACACAUACCGCUUAGAAUUAAGGCCAAAAAGUUCUAUCUUUGUCUCAUCAGACCAGAUAAUCUUAUUUAUCAUAGUCUGGGAGUCCUUCAUGUGUUUUUUGGCAAAUUCUAUGCGGGCUUUCAUGUGUCUUACUCUGAGGAGAGGCUUCCGUCGGGCCACUCUGCAAUAAAGCCCUGACUGGUGGAGGUCUGCAGUGCUGGUUGGCUUUCUUGAACUUUCUCCCAUCUCCUCACUGCAUCUCUGGAGUUCAGCCACUGUGAUCAUUGGGUUCUUCUUUACCUCUCUCACCAAGGCUCUUCUCCCCCGAUUGCUCAGUUUGGUUGGACGGCCAGCUCUUGGAAGAGUUGAUGUCAUCCCAUACGUCUUCCAUUUAAGAAUUAUGGAGGCCACUGUGUUCUUGGGAACUUUAAGUGCAGCAGAAAUUGUUUUGUAUCCAUGGCCAGAUAUGUGCCUUGCCGCAAUUCUCUCUCUGAGCUCUUCAGGCAGUUCCUUCGACCUCAUGAUUCUCAUCUGCUCUGACAUGCACUGUGAGCUGUAAGGUCUUAUAUAGACAGGUGUGUGGCUUCCUUAAUCAAGUCCAAUCAUUAGAAUUAAACACAGCUGGACUCCAAUGAAGGUGUAGAACCAUCUCAUGGAUGAUCAGAAGAAAUGGACAGUACCUGAGGUAAAUAUACAAGUGUCACAGCAAAGGGUCUGAAUACUUAUGACCAUGUGAUAUUUCAGUUUUUCUUUUUUAAUAAAUCUGUAAAAAUGUCUAUAAUUCUAUGUUUUUCUGUCAAUAUGGGGUGCUGUGUGAACAUUAAAAGCGAAAAAAAAGAACUAUUUUAGCACAUGGCUGCAAUUUAACAAAGAGUAAAACAUUUAAGGGGGUCUGAAUACUUUCCGUACCCACUGUAAAUCUUUCUUGGGCUGUUCUUACCAUCUGAAUUUCUGCUGGCACACAUACUCAUAAUUUUCAAGUAAAUAUAGAUAUGCCACACAGUUUUUAAUUACAGUACAGAUCAUUUUCUUCUCUCUGUUCUAAUUGUUAUUUUUUUUUAUUGCAAGAGAUAUAUACAGUAUAAUUUUUCUAUUGCAAUAUUUUUUGUUGCUAUGAAAAAGUAUUUGCCCCCUUUACUGAUUUAUUCAUUUAUUUUUUGCAUGUUUGUUACAUUAAAAUGUUUACAACCCUCAAGCAGACUUAAAUAUUGGACAAGAUAACUAAAGUAAACAAAAUGCAGAUAUUUUUAAGUGAUGAUUUUACAAACUAUCCAAACCUACAUCGCCCUAUGGAAAAUAUUAAUUGACAUUCUGGAGAAGAUCUACAGUGCUUACAAAAUGUUAGGCAUAUUUUUGGAUAAACAAUAAACUUUCAGGUAGGGAUGGGUAUCUUUCACUUUUGAACCGAUACGGUACCAAUUUCCGGGAUAUCGAUACCAAUUUUAGUUACUUUUUGUGUGAUCACGUGGUAAUGAAUGUUAUUGUGUGAUAAUAAAACCUUUUUUUCAAAAUUUUACAUUCAACACUGAGCUGAUAAUGAUAACUGUGCUGUCGUCUGAAACUGAUCGGUGGCCGAUCGAUUGGCACAUGUCUAUCAUAAACUUUAGUCUCACUUUGAAAUGUUAACAUUUUUGAAGACACAAAUUAUAUCAAAGGCCAGAUUUACACUGCAGGUCAAUUUAGAUUUUUUUGCCCAAAAUUGAUAAGUAGCUGAUUUUUUUAUGUCAAUGUGCACAGUACAAUUACACAUUUUUCAAAUCGAACCCGUGCCUCUCUCGUAUUUAGAUAUAAAUCUGAUAUUUAUGUGAUGCAACCGCAGUCUGGCAGAUCGGGUUGCGUAAUAUGUCAUCAAAAAGCGACAAAUGUCUUAAUUCUGCACCAAAAUAGUUGGUCGCAAAAUAAAUAGUGCAAGAAUUGUUAGGAGCUGGUACGUAGCUUAGCGGCAUGAUACCAAGGAUACAAAGACAGGAGGCAGACGGUGAGUAAAAAUAAUAUUAUUCAACAUAGACAGAAAACUCACCCACAAAGGGGUGGAGAAAAGAACAAAAGAAGGCAAGUGCAAAAGAAAGUGCAAGAGUCACGGAACUUCUUUUGUAGAGAGAACAACACAUAUACGUGAAGCAAAUACGCAAAGCAGUAAGCCUGAAUGUGUGUUUUUGUUUAAUUGACUAAAUAUGCAAUGGAAUAUGGAAUUAUUUUGCAGUAAAACUAGACAUUCAUUGGAUAAACGCUCGGCAGUGGGCCUGUUUGACCGCUGGGUUUCUGGAUGAUGAUUAGAUGGUCGGUCUGAGGCUGAAUCCUUUAUUAACAUCAUGGUCAUCGCUAAUUAAUUUAAAACCUCUUUUCACUCCUGCGCUUACCAAAGGCAUGCGGUAAAACUAAGCAUGAUUAAUUUAAAACCUCUUCUCACUCCGGCACUUACCAAAGGUAUGCAAUAAAAAUUCAAGUGUGAUGUAAGCUUGGUCCUUAAAUCCUACUGAAUAGCUCUUAAUCUUCUUCCCUUUAUGCGAUUUCAAAUUACCGGUAUUGAAAUCAGCCUCCUCCAUUUUGAAAAUGAUGACAGAGGAAGUGUCACUCAUGACGUCAAGAGUUUGACCAGGCGGUAAUACUAAGCAUGCGCUAAUUAUUUUGGGAAGCGAGUUUGACCCGGCAGUAAUUCAAGGCAGGCGCAUACUAUAUGCCCUGCGGCAAUUCAAGGAAAUACGGUAAACUUUUUUUCAAUCUACCAAAAAACAUGUAUUUAGGUAAAAACAUCAAGUUACAUAAAAAAACAUAUUUGACGAAGCAUGUUGUAAUAUACGACACAUUUACAUUUUGUUACGUAGUUAGACCGGAUGUGAUGCUUAGCGGUAUAAUUAUGAAGUAUGUAGGUUGAUUGGCAACAUUAAAUUGGCCCUAGUGUGUGAAUGUGUGUGAAUGUUGUCUGUCUAUCUGUGUUGGCCCGCCAUGAGGUGGCGACUUGUCCAGGGUAUACCCCGCCUACCGCCCGAAUGCAGCUGAGAUAGGCGCCAGCGACCCCCCGCGACUCCAAAAGGGACAAGCGGCAGAAAAUGGAUGGAUGGAUGGAUGUGAUUAGUAUAGGAAGAGGUGUCUUGUUAAAGACUUCCUGCCUCGGUCUUUCCUCUUUGCUAAGAUUUUAUUCAAUCUUAUGAAAGAAGUUAGUGUUACAACCUAAAUUUAAUGUUUUCAAUACACUCAGAUGUAAACCAAACACGAAAGUGAAGCUCCACACGGCGAUCGUAGAUAAAAUAGUAUUUUCUUGUCAGGAAAACGACUUUCCACAUUAUGGCUUUGGACAUGGGGUUUCCAAAAUGUACUCUUUUCCUUGUGCAUUUCUGUCACUAUUUUCCCGCUUGUGGCUUAACAGUAUCCAUUCAUCCAUUUCCUACUGCUUGUCCCUCUUGGGGUGGCAGGGGAUGCUUGAGCAUGUCUCAGUUGCACUCGGAUAACUGAACACAAAUAGGUUUCCCCAUGCCACAGAAAGGACCAAGGCUCAAAAAGGAGUCAGGACGCAUGCACGUUAAUCAGGCGUUAAAAGAUUAGCGCCAUUAAAGGCCAACUGUACUGAAAUUGGAUGUUCUUAUUUAAACGGGGAUAGCAGGUCCAUUCUAUGUGUCAUACUUGAUCAUUUCGCGAUAUUGCCAUAUUUUUGCUGAAAGGAUUUAGUAAAGAACAUAGACGAUAAAGUUUGCAACUUUUGGUGCUGAUAAAAAAGCCUCGCCUUUACCGGAAGUCGCAGUCGAUGACGUCACAAGGGUGAGGGCUCCUCACGUCCUCACAUUGUUUUUAAUGGGAGCCUCCAGCAGCAAAAGCUAUUCGGACCGAGAAAACGACAAUUUCCCCAUUAAUUUGAGCGAGGAUGAAAGAUUUGUGGAUGAUGAUAUUGAUAGCGAAUGACUACAAAAAAAAUAAAAUAAAAUAAAAAGCGACGGCUCUGGGCGGCGGCAGUGUGAGCGUUUCAGAUGUAAUUAAACACAUAUACUAGGAUAAUUCUGGAAGAUCCCUUAUCUGCUUAUUGUUUUAAUAAUGUUUUAGUGAGAUUGUAAAGUCAUACCUCAAGGUCGGAUGGUUGUGGUUAACACGCAGUGUCUCAGAGAGAAGCCGAGAAGCCAAGCUCACAGCUGCCUUUUAAACAGCUACUGCAGGAGGAUGAAUAAUCUAAUGAUGUCUCCGGUAAGAUAUAUAUCACAAUUUUCCCAUCCAAAAACAUGCUGGUUGACGUAGAGAAACAUGUUCGCUUGACCGCUCUGUGUUAAAAACAAAGAAACACCGGCUGUGUCUCGGUGCUAAAGACAGCUGCAAUACACCGCUUUCCACCAACAGCAUUGUUCUUUAUAGUCUCCAUUAUUAAUUGAACAAAUUGCAAAAGAUUCAGCUACAAAGAUGUCCAAAUUACUUUGUAAUUAUGCGAUGGAAAGAGACGUCUUUUAGCCGUAACUGGUGCUGAGCUAAUAUUUCCUGACAGUCCGUGACGUCACGCGCACGCGUCAUCAUUCCGCGACGUUUUCAACAAGAAACUCCACGAGAAAUUUAAAAUUGCAAUUUAGUCAACUAAACCGGCCGUAUUGGCAUGUGUUGCAAUGUUAAUAUUUCAUCAUUGAUAUAUAAACUAUCAGACUGCGUGGUCAGUAGUAGUGGGCUUCAGUAGGCCUUUAAAUUAACUUAUAGUUUACGCAUUACUAUCACGUUAACUUUGACAGCCCUGAUAAAUAAUGAGCUCAUUAUAUGAUGUAUGCCAAAAAUGAGCUUCCCUCAAUUCAAGAACAGCAGAAUUUAUCGAGCGCAACUCGUUAGUGCCCUGCGCUUAGGUGGCGACUUGUCUAGGGUGUACCCCGUCUACCGCCCGAAUGCAGCUCAGAUAGGCUCCAGCGACCCCCCGCAACCCUAAAAGGGACAAGCGGUAAAAAAUUGAUGUAUGGAACUCGUUAGCAUGCUGCGCUCAUGCUUAGCUAUGUUAGCCACAACAAAGCCAAAUGGUUUGGUUAAAGUGCAAGUUUAGCAGUUUGUGGCUCCAGUACAGACAAUUUAAUGCAUGAAUAAAGCCGGGGGAUGAAAACAUUUAUAAGGCACGCUCUCGCAGGAUACAUUUAAAACUUGGAAGAUUGGCCAUGAAGGCAUUUUGCUGGUAUGAAUGUGAAAUGGGUCUUAAAUUGUAGCCAUUAUAGUCCUAAAUAGGUUGUUGAAACUUGCAGAGACCCUGAAGUAAAUUGUCACUUCUAAACUGCAUUUUGUGUUUACUUUUAGGUCUGUUUGAUGAUUGGUGCAUGAUAAACAAAAUACAAAGAAUAAAUAAAUCAGAAAAGGGACAAACACUUUUUCACAGCACUUAUAUUUUGUCUUCAUGCAAACUGUAGGUUGUAGUGUUUUAAAAAAGAGUCUGAUUUUAUUUACAUGACUACAUGUCUAAUAAUUCAUAUUAAUUUUAACUAAUUUAGGAUUAUACUGUAAACUUGUUUUUAUCUGUCUUUUUAUGAAUGCUUUAACAUAUUUUGUAGUUUUGUGCAUACAAAAACGUUCCUAUGUUUGAAAGUUACUUUUGAAAAAACUUGAUAUUUGAAAUGUGUUCUGCAUUACAAAAUAAAAAUAUAUACUGUAAGUACCGCAAA